AGAGGGGGGAUAACAAAAGGUGUCACUAAGCUUCCUCACGUUGCAAAAGCUAUUUAUAUAAGGACAGCUGACUCUUUCCUCUCUCCUUCCUUUCUUUAAGAAAGGCAGACAAAUAAGAGAUUCCAAUUUUUUUAAGCAGCAGCAACAACAACAAAAGAAAACAUUGGCUAGCAAUCUAAUUGAAAGAAGAAAAAUAAAUAUGAGAAAUGCACAAAAAUCCAGCGGGGACUCCAGCAGCAAGACUUCUGGAUGACAGCUACGAUACCUUGAUCUUGAAGAUGGUGAGUAGCCAGCCAAAGUACGAUCUAAUACGGGAGGUUGGUCGUGGCAGCUAUGGUGUGGUGUAUGAAGCAGUAGUGAGGAAAACCUCUGCACGUGUUGCGGUGAAAAAGAUUCGGUGCCAUGCUCCAGAGAAUGUAGAGCUUGCCCUGCGUGAAUUCUGGGCACUUAGCAGCAUCAAGAGCCAACACCCAAAUGUUAUUCACUUGGAGGAAUGCGUUUUGCAAAAAGAUGGCAUGGUGCAGAAGAUGUCCCACGGCUCCAGCUCUUCGCUUUACUUGCAGCUUGUAGAGACCUCCUUGAAAGGUGAAAUUGCCUUUGAUCCCAGAAGCGCCUACUACCUUUGGUUUGUGAUGGAUUUCUGUGAUGGAGGUGAUAUGAAUGAAUAUCUCCUGUCUCGAAAGCCUAAUCGUAAGACCAAUACUAGCUUUAUGCUUCAGCUCAGCAGUGCCCUGGCUUUUCUGCACAAAAACCAGAUCAUCCACCGUGACCUCAAGCCUGACAACAUCUUGAUCUCUCAAUCCAGGAUGGAUGCUAGUGACUUGGAGCCCACUUUGAAAGUAGCUGAUUUUGGACUGAGUAAGGUUUGUUCAGCUUCAGGACAGAACCCUGAAGAGCCAGUGAACGUGAAUAAAUGUUUUCUUUCUACAGCUUGUGGCACAGACUUCUACAUGGCUCCUGAGGUUUGGGAAGGUCACUAUACUGCCAAAGCAGACAUCUUUGCAUUAGGGAUUAUAAUCUGGGCGAUGUUGGAAAGGAUCACUUUCAUCGACACAGAGACCAAGAAAGAAUUGUUGGGGAGUUAUGUGAAACAAGGAACUGCGAUUGUACCUGUUGGAGAGGCAUUGUUGGAAAAUCCAAAAAUGGAGCUACUCAUUCCUGUUAAGAAAAAGACAAUGAAUGCUCGUAUGAAGCAGCUGAUUAAGGAAAUGCUUGCUGCUAAUCCACAGGAUCGCCCAGACGCUUUUGAGUUGGAACUCCGGUUAGUUAAUAUUGCUUUUAAAGACAGCAAUUGGGACACGUGACCUCCGUAGUACUUUGAACUCUUGUCAGGAUUGUGUCUGUAACAAUAGGGCAGCACUCUGUGGAAGCAAAAAACAGACUUAACCCAAAAUUUAAGGUGUCAGGGUUCAAUAUUUUCCCCCCAUUGCAUUUCUCUUGAUUUUUGUAAACAAAGCUCAAGGUGGCUGUUCUUGUUUCAGAACCAUAUGUGUAUAUUUCCAAGCUGCAGCUGUAAUGCUAUCCACAUGGCCAGGAAACUUGACAUUUUAGGAAGUGAUUGCUUUCUAGGAAUAUUUCAAACAUUCCAGUUUCAUACUGCAGAAUUUGGAAUGCCCAUUGAAGAGAAGGUUUGCAUGCUGGCAAUGCAAAUUAUUCAACUUUGUAGAGUAAGCAUGUAUAUAUUUAUGUCUGUAUGAGUGACUUGACUUCCCCAUCUUUCGAAAAUGUCCCCAUUAUUUAUAUUGUCUCAUAUUGAAUUGGGUGACUAUAGAUCAUCCGUAAAUUCCACAUCAUAGAUAUUCUCCACUUUUUUUUUAAGAAAAAAAAGUUGAUGGCACAAAAUAUGAUAAAACAAAUAUGAUGCAAAGGGAACCUCUGGUUCUAGCACUAAGCUACUGUUGGGCAAAUCUCUUAGUUUGGAAGGCUGCAAUAGGUAGUCUGAUGGCACUUCUUAGUUCAUUGAGCAUUCAGGUUCAUUUUUUUGAGGUAAAGGAAGACUUGUGCUAAAUCUCUCUCUACCCCCUCCCAUCCUUUGCAUUUGACAUCCAGCGUUACGUUACCUUUAAUGCAUUGUGUCUCUUUUUAUCAAUUUUUUAUUUUAUUUUAUUUUUUAAAAUGUAAAUCAUGGAGAACAGAAAAACCUCCCAAAUUCUGCUGAAAACUUUGCAAAUGAGAAAAAGGCUCCCAUAUUUUGUUUCCGCCCUGGCUUUUAGAGACCAGUCAUGCUAGCUACUCCCUCCCUUCUUAGCAGAGGUUCUUUUGGUCGCUUCUUAGUGGUGGUCUUGAUGAUAGGAUAUUUGUAUUGUUCACUUAUUUUGUGGAAGAAAGACUCUGAAAGCUUAGUGUACUAUCAAACUAUCCAGAUUCUUCCUUGCUAGAAAAUGUUGCCCGUUUGGGUGGGGUGGGCAUUGUUCUCUGCACAAAGUAAUAGUGAUUAUUCUAUUGCUCUCAUGUGAAAGGCACUUUUUUAUUACUUUUGGGUAGUAGAUGCAGAACAUUUGGCACAACCCAGCCAGCUCCAUCCAUGCAUAGAGAGCAGAAUCAAGAAGUGACUCAACCAAAGGCUAAUCUAUACCCUUCCUCCAUCACCUUGGUGCUUCCUCACUACUGUCUCUGUGUGCCCCACAUUACAUCUGAAGCCUUUACGCUGCAAGAAAGCCCUUCCCUUUCUUGACUGCUACUCUGAAGUUUUCAGCAACCUUGAUUCUCCCCCUGUGGUUUUUGGGUAUGCAGGCUACUCUGCCCAUGGCUCUCCACGCACGGGGUAAACAAAAGUUCCACGCUAUGUUGUUUUGUAUUAAUAUACAGGACUUGAUAGCAGACAGGAGUAAAGACCUUGAUUUCAUGAGUAAAUAGAACUUCCACAGGGAAAACUGGCAUAGCGUGUGUGUUGAUUUCAUUGGGGAAAAUAACUGUAUUGUCUCAAUUGAAAUAGUCUUGAUGCCAUCAGCUACAACCAGGAAAUUGGAGUGUGAAUUGACCUUUCCCCCCCUCAUGAAAGGCACUGGAGCAGAUUAUAUCUUGCCUAAAAUAACUGAGGAAAUGUCAUUCCAAUGAUCUUGGAUUUCACAGAGACAAACUUCAGGAGAAUAUCAACUUGUAUCACUUGACAUAUAUCUGUCUGCCCAGCUUUCAGUGUGAUGCUAUAGUCUAUUUUGUCAACUGAGGAUCCUAUAGAUGUCUGUUCUUUGAAUGCAAAGGUAAUACACAAGCCAGAUUUCUUCUGUGCAGUUACAAUGUAAAUGUCCAGAGGCGGAAAAAACUCUUUAAAGCACCACCUGUGCCUUUAGAGACAAGAUUAUAUUGCAGGUAGAAAAGCACUCCUGCAAUUUUAUCCAUCAACAAAUUUCCUUUAAAAAUGUCUCAAACAAAAAGAGCACGACUUGCAGGAGUUUGGCAGUCUUUUCUUUGAGGACUGGAAAAGCAGGAACUCUCAGUCAUGUACGUCCUAACUAGUCUGAUUACUGUGUACAAUUUCUUGGCACUUGCAAAUCCUCAGCAAAUCCAGAUUCUGGAUACAUUAUUGCAUGUGCUUCAUAGACACAGUGCAGUAUCUAGUAAUAGAGCAAGUUAUAUUUAUCGUACAGUAAAACUGUUAAUGCCCAAAUGCACUGCUACUUCUUAAGAGUUGGGGAGGCCUCACCAGGUCACCUCCUUUCAUGGUGCUUAGCCCCUUGGCAUUGAAUGCUAACUUGAUUGUUCAUUAAUUAUCCACUGAAAAAUUGUCCCUGAGAUCUGUGUGUGUGAUUUUUGUUGUUGUUGCUUGUGUUUGCUUUGGGUUCUUGUAAAAUCUCCAAAAUCAAAACUAUUGUAGCAGCUACAAAACAAUUCACCAGCGUAACAAAGAAGUUGAGGUACUCAUCAGCACUUCAGAAAGAAAGCAAACUUUCAAAGCUUUUCCUUAAAAAUUGUAAACUCUAUUUUGUGAAAAAAUUAUUAAAAAAAGGGUGGAAGGAGAAAUGAUUGUGUAAUUUAUUGAGUUCGUGACUUUAAAAAGAAAUAAAGUCUGAAUUGAAAGAAA